GUUAUUUGUUUAUUCUCUCAUAAAUUGUGUUAUUUUAACACUAAGAAAUGUUAAAUAUCAUUUGAAUACAAAAUGUAUAUUAUUACAAAUAAUGUAUAAUAUUUGUAAUAAUUAGUGGAAUUGGUUGGAAUUGGAACAUGUUGUUGUCCUUGACAUCUCGAACGAAAGUCUGAAUAAAUUUCGCGGUAGAACAGAAAUGCCGUGCACGAGCAAGGUCGGUUAUGAAAUUUUAUUUUGUUUCAAAACAUUACGGUAUUAAUUAUUGUUUCCUAAUACCUUGACCUUUUUCUGUAUUUGUGAGAGGAUGAGGAUCCACUUUCACAAACGUGGAUCCUUGACAGUUAAGUAUCGUAUAUAAACAGAUAUCGUAUAUAAACAGAUCGUUCAAAAAGACGUUAGAUUGAAAGACCGGGUCUUCCUUGAGACACAUUCAACAGCCAGUGUAUUUCCUCCUCGAUAUGUUGGUCAAGAUUUUGAGAUUCUUUUACUUUUUUAGUGCGGUGACCGUAAUUAUUCCAUUUCAGUCAAUCGGGCAACCGCGACCGAAACGGUACCACAGUAUAUAUGGUAAUGAUGUGAGCGGACGCGAAUUAACAAAUAUAUUUGAGCUUGGUAUCGGAGCCUUCAAAUUUCUGCUGCAAGAUCAACGUGACUUGAAUGAGAAGGUGCCGGACGCGAUUCUGCAAUUCGGAGCCGAGUACGAUUUUAUAGUAAUUGGCGCCGGUACGGCUGGCGCUACGAUAGCUGCAAGAUUAAGUGAGAUACAUCAGGUUGAGGUGUUACUGAUCGAAGCUGGAUCUUACGAGAAUUUGCUGAUGGACGUCCCGAUUAUGGCUCACAUGUUGCAACUAAGCAGCGAUGUUAACUGGAUGUAUCGAACAAAAUCGUCCAAUAAAUAUUGUCUCGGUAUGAAUAACAACAGUUGUAAUUGGCCUAGAGGAAAAGUGAUGGGCGGCAGCAGCACGCUAAACUACAUGAUCGCAACCAGAGGCGGCGCCGAGGAUUACGAUCGAUGGGUUGAGAUGGGAAAUAAAGGCUGGGCUUAUAAAGAUGUUCUAGAAUACUUUAAAAAACUGGAGACAAUUGAUAUACCAGAACUGCAAUCUGACACUAUUUAUCACGGAUCUAAGGGACCGCUGCAUAUCUCUAAGUCGUCAUUUCAUACCUUAUUGGCAGAGGCCUUCUUGAAAGCCGGCAAGGACCUGGGAUAUCCGCUGUUGGACUAUAACGGGAAAAAUAUGAUAGGAUUCUCGUAUUUGCAGGUCACGAUUGAAAAUGGCACUCGUAUGAGCAGCAAUAGAGCUUACCUACAUCCUGCGAGAGAUCGUCGCAAUCUUCACAUAACACGCAAAAGCACGGUGAGAAAAGUGCUGAUCGAUCAUCGCACGAAUCGGGCGAUCGGCGUAGAGUUUAUUAAAGAUCGUCGAAUUAUCCAAGUGUUGGCGAGAAAAGAAGUAAUUUUGUGCGCGGGUACUAUCGGAUCACCACAAUUACUGAUGCUGUCCGGCAUUGGACCGGCUAAACAUCUUAGCGAGCUCGGCAUAAACGUUGUUCAGGACUUGCCGGUGGGUGAAAAUUUGAUGGAUCACGUAACUUUCGGCGGGUUAACGUGGACAGUGAAUGACCCGAUAAGUAUACGAAUGCCCGAACUAUUAAAUCCCACUCUUCCGUAUUUAGGAGAUUUUCUGAAGAGGCGCUCAGGACCAUAUACAGUCCCGGGUGCGUGUGAGGCUCUCGCUUUUAUCGACACCAAAAAUCCAAAGAAACGUGACGGUUUGCCAGACAUAGAACUGCUAUUUAUCGGUGGAGGACUUAAAGGAGAUUUUGUUGUUACAAGUGUAAUGGGUUUCAACAAGCAAAUACGUCAGAUGUGGCAGAAAUAUAGCAACUAUCACGGUUGGAGCAUAUUACCGAUAUUGUUGAAACCGAAAAGUCGUGGACGAAUAAGACUGCUAGCCAACGACAUUAAUGUUAAACCCGAGAUUGUUCCAAAUUACUUUGACGAUCCAGAAGAUCUUAAAACGAUGAUUGCUGGCAUUAGAGCUGCAAUAAGUGUCGGUCAGACUGAAAUAAUGCAGAUGUUUGGUUCACAAUUGACAAACGAUACUUAUCCGGGAUGCGAAAACUACAAAUAUGAUUCUGAUGAUUAUUGGGAGUGUGCGAUAAGAACGCUGUCUGUCACCAUCUAUCACUAUACUGGUACUUGCAAGAUGGCACCAAGAGGAGAUCCAACUGCUGUUGUUGAUCCCAGGUUAAAGGUAAUCGGCGUUGAGGGACUGCGAGUAGCAGAUGGCUCUAUCAUGCCCGAGAUUAUAUCGGGGCACACAAACAUACCUAUCUAUAUGAUUGCCGAGAAGCUGGCAGAUAUGGUCAAGGAAGAAUGGGGAUACUCUUAAACAAGUAACAAACGUAAUGUAUCUUACCGUACUAUUAAAGAGUUUUUAAUCGAUAUAAACUACAAAUUAACAAUUUAUUAAUUAACUAACACAUUUGCUGCGUAGAAUCCAGUAUAUAUUAGAACACACCUUCAAAUGUAAUCUACGUUUAAUUAGUUUAAUCAAUUUCUCCAAUUAAUAUUUAAUCGCAAACUAUCAAUAGUGACACAUUGUAAUAAAUUAUUUUUAACAUACAUGAGUUUUUCUCUAAAAUAGUUUUAAAAAUCUUAAUUUUGUUAGAAUUAUUAUCUCUUAAAUUAACAGUCAAAUUUUUGCAACAUUCAAAGCUACAUUAAUUGUCAACUUGCUCUCACUAACUAAGAUGACAAAAAAGAUAGAGAAUUACGCAAGAGACAAUAAAAAUAAAACCAUUCAGAUAAGUUUAAUUACAUGACGUUUGCAAUUUUAUUCCGAAGACUCUUUUAUUUGUCAGCUCUUUUACUUCAUCAUAAUUAAUAAAUUUAACAUGUCAAUUUAAUUAUUAUUAUUGUAUUGUGUUUUUUAUUACACUUUUUACUUUGUUACAAUAUAUUAUUGAAAGGGAUUAAUUUAUAUAAUUAGGUAAAUUUGUAAAUUGCGACUGAAGAAGACUGUGUACAGUUGAAACUAGUUUUAAUAUAAUGUUGAUUGUAUAUUUGGCAGAUUACAUUCACUUUAGUAUUUAAUUUCUUAUUAGUUUUUGGUUCUGGUAUGUUUAACUCACGGUUUUGUAAAACAAACAGGUGAUGACAUAUAUUUUACAUAUCUUGUUCCAUACGAUGUAUUAUUUUUCUGCAUUUUUCUCAAUCUUCUUUUCAUCAUUUACUGGUAUAACCAAAAAAGUCAAUAUAUUGAAAAAGUCAA